AUGCCACCCAAGCGCAUGACCGCAAAUCCCGUCCAGGCGCCUCGCCACAGACCAGGCAAGGUAGUGGAAGAAGCCGAUUCCUCAGACUCCGACGCCAGCGAGGACGAGACCACCGCACCAUCCAAGAUCCCCGCGCCACCUAAAGCUUCCACAGCCGGUGGAAUCACCAGCAAUCUCAGCAAAGUCGACCUGAAUGAGCGGCGGAAGAUCGCCGCCGCGAAAGAAAUUGCGCGAAUAGAACAGGAGAAAGCUUUAAAGGCGAAAGAGGAAGAAGGCUUCGUUACGGAAGAGGAAUCGGAAGGGAGUGAGGAGGGAAGUGAAGAGGAGAGUGGCAGUGAGGAUGCUGAGAGUAGUGAGGAGGAGGCACCAAGGAGGGUGCUGAUGCGGCCGACGUUCAUCAAGAAGGACAAGCGGAAUGCGAUUGCGGGGAACAAACCUGUGGAUAUGAGAACGGAAGAUGAGAUUGCAGCAGAGGAGGAGAAGAGGAAGAAAGAAGCUGCGGAUGAGAUUGUGGAAGAACAGAUCAGGAAGGACAUUGCCGCGCGAGCAGCGGGCAAGAAGAAUUGGGAUGAUGAAGAAGCGGACGAUGAGGUUGACGACGAGGAUGGGCUGGAUCCAGAUGCGGAAUACGCGGCGUGGAAAUUACGAGAGUUGAAGCGAAUCAAGAGAGAAAGAGAAGCGAUCGAAGAGCGAGAAAAGGAAUUGGAAGAGGUAGAGCGGAGGAAGAACUUGACCGAGGAAGAGAGGAAACGAGAAGAUGAUGAGUUCAUUGCCAAACAAAAAGAGGAGAAAGAUGGGAAGGGCAAAAUGGGAUUCAUGCAGAAAUACUAUCACAAAGGUGCUUUCUACCAGGACGAUGCCGAAGCUCAGGGUCUGGGUCAGAGAGAUAUCAUGGGUUCGCGAUUUGCAGACGACGUAAAUCGAGAACUAUUACCUCAAGCGCUACAGAUGCGAGACAUGACGAAGCUGGGAAAGAAGGGAGCUACGAAAUAUAAAGACUUAAAGAGUGAAGAUACGGGGAGAUGGGGACAGUUCGAUGAUAGGCCGAGGAAAGGAGGUAUGGACUUCAAUGGAGAUGAGCGAUUCAUGCCCGAUCGAGAUCGAGAGCGAGCUGGACCAGGUGCAAGUGGUGCGAAUAGCAUGCCGGUUGCUGAUCGCAAGAAAGUCACUGGCGCGCCAGAGGGGCCGAGAGCGCUGCGCGAUGGAGGUGAGCGUGAGCGUGAGCGGCCGAGAGAUGUAGAUACACACGGGCCAGGGAGACAGAGAUCCAGAUCUAGGUCGCGAUCAAGAUCGCCGAGACGAGAUAGGGAGGAUAGAUAUCGCAGGAAGCGCAGUACAUCUAGGGAUGGUGACCGAUAUGAAAGCGACAAACGCAGAAGAGUAGACUCGAGGUAG